AAUAAAUAAAUAAAUAAAAGUUGAUUAAGAGAUCGAUAGAUCUUCAAUUGGUGUUGUUUAGCCCAAGACAGAACAAAACCAACCUAGCAGAACUCAGCUAACUGCAGCUGCAUCAAUGGCGGACCGAUUUCUCCACGCUUUACUAUUUAUCUCUGUCUCUCUCCUCCUUGUUAUCUCCUCUGCUGCUGCAUCCUCCGAUGCGCCCUUCAUCGUCGCUCACAAAAAGGCUACUCUCAAGCGCCUCAAAUCUGGUGCCGAACGUGUUCUUGUCACCAUCGAUAUAUAUAAUGAAGGAUCUGCGGCGGCAUAUGAUGUUACCUUGAGUGAUGAUAGUUGGCCUGAAGAGGCUUUUGAUGUUAUUGAUGGCAAAACUUCAAAUUCAUGGGAAAGGCUUGAUGUUGGUGCUCUUGUUUCGCUCUCCUUUGAGCUGGAAGCCAAAGUGAAAGGGAAGUUCCAAGGUGCUCCGGCUGUUAUCAAAUAUCGUGUUCCAUCUAAAGCUGCUCUUCAGGAAGCGUUUUCUACACCACUAUUUCCUUUGGACAUUCUCGAGGACAGGCCCCCAGAGGCUAAGUUCGACUGGGUAAGUGACUUUGCACACAGUUAUUAUACUCCCCAUUAAAAUUAAUUAUCAGAAUUUCUUUUUUUACUAAUGAUCCUUCAUUUUCCUUGUGGAUGAAAAUCGAUCGGCUUCUUGUAUCUUUCAGGCUAAGAAAUUGCUGGCUAAAUAUGGUUCUUUAGUCUCCGUCAUUUCCAUAGUGGCUCUCUUUGUGUACCUUGUUGCAAGCCCUUCAAGUGCAGCCAGAGCAAGCAAGAAGAAGCGUUAGUUACUGCGCAACAGACAAUGGAUGGCUUCUUUGCAUCUUGCCUUUUGUAGUUUCACGAACUUUAGUAUUAAGAUUUCACAAUUGAGAAUCGAGGACUGACCUCACAUGUAAGUGAUACUUAAAAGGCGGACAAACAGUGUUGUAGCUUGGUUUAUUUAUAGUGCUACCAUUCACAGCAGAUAUGGUUAUUGGCAAGAUCAGUUUAACUUUAGUAUUAUUAUGAUUAGAGGUGUACAUUUGGGUGUACGGUUGAAUUUUGAAUACUGAUAUAUUCGGAUAGAAUAGUUUCAGGCG